AUGAAUGUCGAACGACAUAAUCACGCAGCAUCCACGUUAACAAAUGGAUCUAUAUUAGUUACGGGUGGAUCCAAUGGUACCACUUUUCUUAAAAGUGCUGAGUUGUACAAUCCAUCAACAGGCACUUGGACAACUACAGGAAACAUGAAUGUUGCACGAAGAGAUAAUACAGCAUCCACAGUAUCAAAUGGGUUAGUAUUAGUUGCUGGUGGAUACAAUGGUUAUUUUCAUAAUAGUGCUGAAUUGUACAAUCCAUCAACAGGUACCUGGACAACUACACCAAACAUGAGUAUAGCACGAGAGUAUCACACAGCAUCCACACUAGCAAAUGGGAAAAUAUUAGUUACUGGUGGAGACAACAGUGGUUCACUCAAUAGCGCUGAGCUUUAUUAA